UUGGUGGGAGUAACCAUGUCUACUCAUUCUCAAGCAAACCGAGAGUUAUCUCAUGGAGUUCCCACAUGCAGACGGUCAUUACGCGCAGUUUGGAGACUGUGGUUCACCCCCCAAAAUAAAUGUUAGUCAAAAAAAAAAUGCAGACUGAGAUUGUGGGGGAAUUCUUGGUAAAACGUGAGGAACUGUUAAAAAAGUGAACGAAUAAAAGAAGAGAGGAGCGGUUUUUACGCACGGGGCGGGCCUUUCGCUCUCCUCAAGCUGUGGGUGAGGGGGUCAGCCAGCUAAAGACAAUCAAAGAUGUUUGAGUUUCCAUGCGCGGCAGUGGCCAGGGAGGAAACGCGCACGCAGCUUUAGUCCCCCUCCUCCAGCUCCGAUCCGCGCCUCCUCUGCGGGGGUUUCUGAGGAAACUUGCUCGGGCGAUGCGUUUGUUUCUGCCGGAGGACAGAGAAGGAACCGGGACCUGUUGGCGAGGAUGAAUUACUCCAGGGCGCAGACGUCGAGCCUAUCAGAGGAGGGGAGUCCUGCAGGGGUGAAGCUAGAAGCAGUGAUGGAGCACCUUCAAAGACAACAAGAAGCCAAAAUGGAGAUGAACCUACAGGAAAAACACCUCCAGCUCCAGUUUGCUCAACAGGCUGCUGCGGCCGGCACCUCCUGGUUCAGACCAGACUUGUUUGGGACGGCCGGUGGAAGGAUCUAUCAGUCUCCCCCUCAAGUUUUGAGCAGCGGUUUGAGAAGGAUGGACUCCAAAGAAGAAGAAGAUGAUGAAGACGACAACUCAGAUGAGGAGGUGUUGGAGAAUGAGGAGGGAGAUGAAGCCAAGAAGCUGCAGAUGUCAAACUUCCAGCCUUAUCCGGGAUGCUUACAGCCAAAAGCCGAGGAGCAGAACUCCACGUCUCCACCUUUGGUCAUCAAACAGGAGCAAGAGGAGAAGAACCUGUCGUCUUCUCCUGUAGGUCAACACUCCUUCACUUCCCCCAGUGGCUUUCCAGAAUGGAGCUACGACGAGCCUUAUAAGCAGAGAGGGGUGUGGACUGACGACAGCGAUGGAGGAAAAGUGAGAGGAGAGCCAUCCCGAGACUUUGCCAAGCUUUAUGAGCUAGAUUCUGAUCCCCAGCGGAAGGAGUUUCUGGAUGAACUCUUUGUUUUCAUGCAGAAACGGGGCACUCCUGUCAAUCGUAUCCCCAUCAUGGCCAAACAGGUCUUGGAUUUAUAUAAGCUUUUCAAGCUGGUAACAGAGAAAGGAGGACUGGUAGAAGUUAUUAACAAGAAAAUAUGGAGGGAGAUCACCAAAGGUCUGAAUCUGCCGACGUCCAUCACCAGCGCCGCCUUCACCCUCCGCACUCAGUACAUGAAAUAUUUGUACCCGUUUGAGUGUGAGAAGAAGGGUUUGAGUUCUCCGGGUGAACUCCAGGCAGCCAUUGACAGCAACCGCAGGGAGGGCCGGCGCCCCGGUUACACCAACAGCCUUUACCGCUACUCCCCGACCUCAGGACCUGCUCCUCACACUCUGCUCCCUUCUCCCUCCAUUCAAGCCAACCCCACUACACACAAUGGCCUGAGCGCAUCUGGAAGUCCACAUUUAAAACGAAACACAGAGGAGACAUUAACCCCUGUGAUGCCCCGGUUACCUGUAGCUCUUGGGCAGCAGCAGCAGCAUCUGGCUCAAACGGCCACACUGGAGCAUCUCCGAGAGCGUUUGGACCGCGCAGCAGGUGGAGCAGCAACAGCCGACGGUCCAAAGAAGAAAAUCCUGCGACUUGCAGAGGAGCAGCAGCGCCUCAUGCAGCAGGCCCUCCAGCAGAACCUGCUGGCCAUGGCGUCUCAUUUCAGCCCCAUGAACCUCAAACUCAACAACGGCCACGAAAAAAAACAGGAUUUGUCUCUAAGCAUCUCUACUGACGGACCGGCCAGCAUCAGCGUAUCCGUGGAGGUUAAUGGUACCAUCUACUCAGGUACUCUGUUUGCUCAGAAGUCGGCUGCUCCCGGGCCAUCUCAGACCCUGACCCCCGCAGGAGCGAGUGGCUUCAGCGCUCUACCCUCCUCACCAUCAUCUUCCACGUCUUCAAAGGGGCCAAACUAAGGGUUUUAAAUUAAGUUAUUACUUUCUAAUCUGCAAGAACUUCAUCAGCAGCGUUCAACACGAAACACAUCAUAGUGUUUUCCAGUUUAUCCUGAAAAGAUUUAUCAAAACUUUAUGGAGUCAGGAGCACACCGGGGUUUGACCUUCAAUCCGCCAGACUGACUGUAAUGUAGGUUUAGAUCCGUUUACACUAGUGCCUGUUAGAGGGGUUAUAAUGAACCGGUUUUGUGUGUGUAUGUGGUUUUUCUGUGGGUCAAUGAAAUCAGAGCUGAGGUUUUUGGACUUUUCCUGCAUUUCUAUAUCAGAUUCUGCCGUUAGUAGAGAAACUUGAUUGCUUUAAUGCAGGAAAAUCAGAAAGUAUCAGGUUAGCAUCAUCGCUUUAUCUGGAGUAUGUUUCUUUACUUUCAUUUUAUUUUGUUGUGAAAGUCUAGUUUAUUCUCUUUAUAGGUAAUUUCAGAAAAUAUGCAUGCUAUUAGUCUAUUGGAAAUACUCCUAAAAAGGACAUUAAAGUUACUUACAUGUUGUUUUAUUUAACUUUUUAUUAUUUAACCUUUUGUUUGGGCGUUUCUAACUUUUUUUUUUGCUGUGUUGAAUCUCACCUGUGAAUCAAAAUGAAGUGAGAUGCAAUAUUUAUGCAAGAAACUAUGUAAAUAGCUUGAAGUGAAACAACAUUUACCUCAACCGACUUCAAUGUUUUCAGACUUAUCUAACUCAUACUAUAUAGUUUAAUGCAGAGGAUAUAUAUCAAUACUGACCUCAGGCUGUGGACGAAUGAACACUGCAACAGUGCUACCUCAAUACAACUCAAAUAUGCAAUGCUGAAUCAUGCCUGUGUUCAUUCAGGUGUGUUCUAAAUCAUUUGUGUGUGUGUGGACAAUCAGUCACACGAGUGUGAACUUGGCAAACUGAAAAAUGUCGAUGUUUAGGGCUGGGCUUGGGUUAACAUAU